UGCCCCACAAUACGCGGAAAUCACGGAAGAUUUAGAAGAACGAAUAUGGAACAAAUAGAAGAGCACUUGGCAGAAGAGAUCCGAAAGUAUGACCACUUGUAUAACCCGUCACUGACUGGCCGAUUUGUCCGCCAGAAAUAGGCUAUGAGGAGCCGGAGUGGCGAUGUAAAUAAACAGUCGACUAAGAAGAAGACGUUUCUUCUUUGUGUGUUUUGUCUUUGAAAAAAAACGUUACUCCGCCCAGGGUUCUGGCGGUGAAUUGCGUUGCAACCGUUUAACUUAUGGACAUAAUAUUUGGCAUGUUUAUUGUAAAUUGCCCGAGGAAGUACAUUGAUGAGAUGGAGCAUUUGGCAUCCAGCGCUCUGUAGAAGUCAGUGGUAGCGGAGUAGUGUGUCUCCUGUCUGUGGUGUGUGUGUGUUCAACAUGUCUUCUGUUGAACAUGUCUUCCGUCCUCGGAUAACCAGUAGUUUGUAACUGGGUCAUAUUGUUGCCAGAAUAUCUAAAUAUUUAGAUUUUCUUUAUUUCACCACAUCAGACAGAGACACAGAUGGGUAGACUCAUGAUAUUUUGGCAACAACUUUCUCACUAUCCCUUCAUCCUAGCUACCUGUCUUCAAAGUCAAAACACAGCUUUGGAUUUGUGGUUGCAAUGGUUAUUAUGGAGCUAAAUUACAGAGCUUUUAUUUAGAAAGGUUGUGGGUCUGAAGAUUGUUUUGUUUAUUGAACAGACCUCUAAAAUAGUAGAUAUGUAAUGUCAUUAAUAUACUGUAAUGUAUGAAAAAAUAUCAGCAGUCCAUUCAAACUAAUAUAUUAACAACACACGUGAAUAGUUAUAAAGCAAAUGCAGGUUAAUUUUAUGAAAUGCUUUAUUUUUAUAAAUCUUGAUAGCAGAUAAACCAGGUAGGAUUAGCACAACGUUUUCUAACUUCACUCUGCACCAUAGUUUAUAAAAACCUGUGCACAAAACAUCCAGCACACAAACAAUAAAAAGUGACUUUAUAUUGUAAAACUGUUUGAGAAGGACUCACAAAUGACAAAGAUUAAUUCUGAAGUAACUCUCGAGCAUUAACACAGCCCAUUUCAAACAGGCAGGUUCAGAACGGACAAUAUACUAGUAUUAAUUUAAUAUAAUGAACAUGACUCACCCUUUGGGGGUAUAUUGGAUCAUAUCUUUCUAUGUUUAGUAGCCGCUUGUCAGGUUCAGGGAGUGGACAGUUUUAUUCUGAAAGACUCCAGGCGGAAGUAUGUGUUGCUGACGGCGGAAGUCUGGCUCUUUACCGCGGUCUCGGCGGCUGAAGCUCCUCCUUGGUCCUGAAGACCACGGGUUACAAAAGACGUUCCGUUAUCAACAAAGAACCGCAUCAUCCAACAGUAAAAGUCUCGCUGUGCACACAGACAGUUAUUUGCACCUUGCUCCUACCCAGCGAUUGGAACCCCGAGCAGCACUCUCCAUUGCCAACAGCAUCAGACGGAACAAUUUCAUACGUGGACCUAUAGCUGGUGCUGCUGCAGUAACAGCUCUCCAUUUGGCUCAGAUUGAAACUCAGGCCCAGUUUGCUCUCCAACAGUUUGCCUCUCUUGCAACUAUAACUGUUGGCAUCCAGUGUCACAACAACAGGCUUGCAGCAGCAUUACCUCGUCAACUGGCCCUCCUGAGUCUGCUCAAUAGACGAGAGGUGUCAGCUAUUGGGUUUAACUUGGACACUAAAAGCAAAACCUACAAAACUACACAACUGUGUCUUCCUGCUACCAUGUACCACCACCACUCCCAGCAACAGGGGCCCCAGCCCUUCUCAAAUGGACCCCAACCUCAUCAUCAGUCACAUCCAAAUCAACAUCAGAGUCAUACUCCCUCUGAUAUGCUGACUCAGGUGAUGGGUUUCCAAUUUCCUCGUCCUACCCAGCUCCCUGAGGAGCUAGAGUCUGCCCUGGCUAUCCGGGGUGCCAGGGACAUGGACCACCGCCUCAUUGACCGCAUGAACACACCAAACCAACACCAGAACCAAGCCUCGGUUUCUGGGAUCAGUCAACAUGGAACCUAUGGCUCAACAACACUCACCUCUGAUAGUCAGCCAGGUCACCAGCAAGACAUAGACUGGUCAAGUUACCAACCUCCAACCAAACUGUUUGCAGCUCCUCCAUGUAGUUCUAACCGGCAAUCACACCGACAGGGACCUCAACAGCACCCGGAGAUCAACCAAGCUGGAACAAGCAUACCAGGCUGGACUGCUGCUGUAAGUGACUCACCGUCACCCCAAAGCCGAAAUCCUCAUGGUGUCAGAAUUGGUGGUGGGGGGGACGGUCAGAGUAUGUACACACCAGAGAGUGCAGGAAGCAUCUUGGCCAGUUUCGGACUUUCAAAUGAGGACUUAGAAGUGCUGAGUCACUAUCCUGAUGAUCAGCUAACCCCAGACACUUUACCAUUCAUACUACGUGACAUCCAAAUCAACAAGUCAGGCAAGCAGAAAACUGUGGCUUCUAACACCCCAUCCUCGUUUUCACGCAGUAUCCAUGAUAUGCAACUGCCACCUGCUCACUCUUCAGAAGUAGCUCGUUCACGCUCACCAGAAGUACCUAGCCUGCUUACUGUCACACAGACAGCAGGUAAAGUCAUUGACUAUGGUCAUGCCAGUAGGGCAAAGGACGAGACAAAUACCAGAAAAUCUUUCAAAAGGGAGCCACUCUCCAAUGAAAGGACAGUUAAAAUGUACCCAUCAUCCACAUCAGAUCCCAAAGCAGAUAAACCUGAAAGGCGUCAGGUUCAUUUGGAAAACGCUGAAACAAGCAAACAUGGAGACCGGGACUAUCGCAGAGCAAGAAGUGACCAUCACAAGACAAAUCGGUCACCUGGGAGAGAACUACCUCCCCCCUCCAGAUCUCGUAAUCUAGAUCGAGACUACAGGCAUGAUCGACCCAAACCAAGGCCUUCAUCUGAAACCAGGAGUGAGGAUUCCUCAAGACGAUCUCUCUCUUCUUCAUCUGGCUCAAAACCACUCAGCAGCAAGAAGUUACCUACCCCCACCAUGAUAAGUGAUUUCUUGGCCGUGUGUCCAAAGGUGUAUCCCCACACCUGCUCUCUGUGCCACACACAGUCAGAUCAGGAAAAGGACUGGGUUGACCAUAUUAACACCGUCAACCACACUGCUGCUUGUAGAGACCUGCGUAACAAGUACCCUGACUGGAAACCAAAUCUACCAAGUCGAAGUGGACGAUAUGGCAACCAAUCUCCAUCCCAUUCCACGACUCGAUCCCACUCUAGUUCUCCGACCCCAGGCCCUCUCAACAAACACAGAGUGGGGACUCAUCCCAACCGGCCACAUGGGAAACUUUACACCCCUCUCCAUCACCCCCGCUACAACCAUUAUUCAGAACACGGCAAUCGGUUGGACAGUCCCUGUGGCUCACAUCGAAUCUACAGAGUGAAUCGUCCUGAGAAGAGGGAAUCAUCAGGGGUUUCCUCUAGAAGUGGUGUGAAGCAUCCAAACAAUGAUUCAACCAGUCAACAUCCAUCCUCCUCUAAGAUGGGUCACAUCCUCAAACAUGGACCAUCACAAUCCAAAAUUGUCAAGAGUGGGACCAAGACUGGAACUAAGAUGCCUACGACUGCAAGUGCAAAGGUCACUGACACAUCCGUCAAACCUCCACAACCCAAAAAGAAGAAGAAAAUGGUUACUCCAGCCUCUCAAUACUCGUCUGUUGCAGAGCGUCUGGUUUAUCUGACAGGCAUCCCAAAGGACGCCUCCGAGCAGGAAGUUACUGACUUGCUUGGUUCCUUUGGCAAGAUCAACAAUGUGAUCCUUAUGCCAUGCUCUGAUGAAGAGAGUGAUUCGAGUGAAGGAAAAAAGGCAUCUGUUUGCAUGAUGAAGGCAGAAGAUGCCCAGGCACUGGCUAACUCCAAAGCUCUCUCCAUCAGAGACCAGCAAAUCACUGCUUCAACAGCCAAGAAACCCGAAGAAGGACAAUCUCCUGAUAGCAGCAGCAGCAAACCUGGCACAGGACAGGAAAAGUGCACUGCUGGGGAAGAUACAGGAAAUGAGACUGACAAGAAGACUUCAGAUGAGAAAGGUGUGGUGUUGAUCUCAGGACUCUCCGAGAAUAGCUGCUCAGAGAGUGACAUCAUCAAGCUGAUUCAGCCCUUUGGGACUCCCUCUGACAUUAUCCUGGCAACACAGAUCCGAAAGGCCCUUGUGUUAGUGCCAGACAUGGAGCUUGCUCAGGAGAUAGUGAAAGUCCACAGCUUCAUGCCUGCAAAGAUCGGAGACUCCGAGCUGAAGAUCAUCCUUGUCAAACAGCGUGUUGGACUCAGCACACCGGUGGCCCUCUACAAUCUUAUGAUGGAGUCUGUGGACCCUUCAGAAAGUCCAGUUCCAGUUUGCUGGAACAGCCUCUUGGUUAUCAGUAAUGUUCCCAACACACCCUCUUGCUCCUUUGAGGUCCAGAAACUGGUGCGACGCUUUGGCACUGUCAUCAAGACUCUAGUGCUCAACAAUAUGGUCAUUUGUGAAAUGGCAACAGCAGCGAUGGCCUUGUCUGUUUACAAACGCUUCCAUACGUUUCCGUGCAUCAUACAGAACAAUCCACUGUUUUUCUCACGCAAGCCAGACCCAAAGGCCAGCACACAGACAAAAGUCAUCACUGCCUACUUGGAUUCAACGGAGGAUUUAUCUGCAAAUGGCAAGAGCAGCCAAUCUGCAGCGGCGGCCGAUGAAGAGCAGAUGUCUCAAAAAGAGAAGUCUAAAUGUCUGUUGGAAGUGACGGUAAAAGAUGCUGCCGAAAUGGAUAAGAAAAUGAGUACAGAGGAAACAGUCGGCAAACAAGAGGCUUUGGAAAGAGGUGACAGCAAAGACAAAAUUCAAGAAGAAGAGCUAGCCAGUGCUGUUUGUGACUCCUUGGCUGCACCAGACUCCAAACCAGAAGCAGCCUCCAAUUCUGACGCAAGAGAAACAUCAGCUGGGAAAACUGUCUCGGAGGCAAAAGAGGAGAAGAAAGUAGUUUCAUCUGAAGCAGGAAAUGACAAGACUGUAGUUGGUGAAGAGACAAAGCUGAUGAGUGCUGAUGACAAAGUGGCCUCUGGGGAGACAGUCAUGCAGAUUGAACUUCCAAAAGUUACUCAAGAAAUGGUUAACACACUGCUUGUGGAGUGCCGAACAAGAACCAUGAGACAUCCUGACUAUGUUGCAGCUUCCACCUCUGGAGUAGAAUGGGAAACGCCAAUGGAGCAGGGUGAAAAAUCUGUAAAAGACACCAAAGAGCAGGCCAAGAACAGCACAGAUGAGGAGACACAGCUGCAGGAAAGGGAGAAGACUGAGAGGGAAGCAAGAAAGGAGAAAGAGAAGGAGAAGAGAGCAUGGGAGAGGGAGCGAAGAGCUAACAGGGAGAGGGAUGAAAAAGGUAGGAGAGAGAGGGAGAAAAGGGAGGAGGAAAGAAGGGAAUUGGAGAGGAGGGAUAGAAAAAGAGCAUAUGGUGAAGGUUUGUCAAGGUCAUCUUGCUGGUCAGAGGGAUAUAAACAUGGCUCCCGCAGGAAUGUACCAAACUACAACUCAGAGGCAGAGAAAACGGUGGAUGAAGAGGAGGAGUUCCCGUUCAACUUGAGUGACUUUGUGACGGUAGAUGAGGUCGGAGAUGUCACCGACCUUCCUCGCUCUCCUUCUCCAGUUAUUCCCAUGGAAACCACAGAGGUCCAACAGGACACUCCAGAGGACACACCCAUGGAAGUCGUCACGGAAACAACUAUGAAGGAUGCUAAGGAGUCUAAUGAGCAAGUAUCAGAGUGUGAACCUGUGAGUGAGCUAACAGCGGAGACUACAGACAGUUCUGUUUCAACACCUGCUGAGGUCCUUACCACAGAAAAAUCCACCAGCUUACCAGCUUCACAAGCGGCCUCUUCUCCCAGUCAAUCACCUGCGCCAACAUGUCAGCCUGAAGCAGCCGACACUGAAGAAAUACUUAUUGCCACUCGGGACUCCGCCCCAGAGGUUGAACAUCUUUCAAUUUCCGCUCCAGACAACCCACCUGAAGCAGAGAGUGAAGAAGAUAAGAAAGAAGACAGAGGGGUUAAUCCCAGCCAGGCUGAGGAGGACUCCCUGGACAAAUCAGAAGAACAGGAGAAGAUGCACAGUCAGGAGGACAAAGACACAGGAACUCCUGCUCCAGAGACAGCAAAGCAAGAAAGUUCUGACCUCACACAAGACCAAACACACAAUCCGAAGGAGAGUGUGAAGAAGUCUGAGACAAAAACUCCCAUGGGCACCGACUGCUCCCUUCCUCCUUUUGACCCCAGCAACCCAGUUGGUAUGGAGUUCUUGGUUCCAAAGACAGGGUUCUUCUGUAAGGUGUGCAAUCGAUUCUUCAGCGGAACAAAAGAGGCUGAAAUCAGCCACUGUAAAACCGCCAAACACUACGAGAACCUAUUGAAAUACUUGCAGAACAUGAAGACUGCCAAACCUGACCGUGGCGCUGAGACCACUGACUGAAUUUUUGUCUCUUUAUUUCUCACACAAAGGUCCAGAAUCUCAUAUUGGUUUAGACUAGUCUUAUUUCCUGUCUCUAUUUUAAAACAUAUGUAUUGCUUUUCUUAUGCAAUUAAAAUAAAUGGUUAGAACUGUACAGUGGAAGAGAAGCUGCCAGUUUGAAGUGUGCACAGUAAAAUGUCUUGACUUAA